AUGGCCAAGAAGAAACCAGGAGGACAGAAGUCCAGGAAUGUAUUCCAUAUAGCCAGACAAAAAACCUUUAAGGUUAAAAAUAAAGCAAAACCAGUUACCACUAACCUUAAGAAGAUAAACAUCCAGUGUCAUGAAAACAUACUAGUUAAUGUUGAUGAAGCCACAAGAUUAAUGCCUCAGUUGUAA